AUGCACCUGAGAUCUGUGACAUUGCAGAAAAUGAAAACUACUGUGAUUGUUUUGCUGGCUGUUGUUGCCUUCGCCACCUGCCAAGGAGGUGGUUUCAGAGGAGGCCAAGGCGGACGGGGCGGUACCGGAGGUCGAGCUGGUGCAGGUGGCUCUGGAGGUCAUGGAGGUUUCGGCGGGCCGGGUGGCGUAGCAAGUUACAGGGGGGAGGGGGGUGCAGGAGGCUUCGGGGCGGGAGGAGGUGACGGGGGCGCCGGGGGGCCGGGAGGUGUAGGAGGCUCCGGCGGUAAGGGAGGUGCUGGAGGUUCCUGGGGGCCGGGAGGUGACGCGGGUGCCGGGGGCAUGGGAGGUGCUGGAGGUCCCGGGGGAGCGGGAGGUCCUGGAGGUAACGGGGGGGAGGGAGGUGCAGGAGAUUCCGCGGGGCUGGGAGGUGGAGGUUUCGGGGGAAGUGCA